CACGUUGGAUGAUGUUCGGAAAAACGAUGAUGAACUUGCCUAAUUGCACGCCCAACUGACGAAAUUGGGACAAAUUACAAAACAAGAUCAAUGGUGAAUGAAAUCUAACGGACCUAUUUUACCUCGAUUUUAUGCUAGACCAAAACUGCACAAACCAAACAUUCACUUACGACCAAUAGUUUCGUUUCCAGGAUCACAAACACAUAAUGUAUCCAAACAAUGUUUUAGGAAAUUAAAAUACCUAACAGAAUCAUGCGACUAUUCUAUCAAUUCGUCAAUCCAAUUUUUAGAGAAAAUCAAAAACAUUCAAGUAGAAGACCAUGAAAUAAUGGUGUCCUUUGAUGUCACAGCAUUAUAUACCUCACUGAGUCCAAAACUAGCAACAGAAACUAUGCAAAAAUUACUCUAUAGUGAUGAAAACAUAAAAAUGCAAUGUCCAACCUAGAUAAAACUCAUAGAAUUAUGUCUUACAACAUACUUCCAAUCUAAUGGUGAAAUAUACGAACAGAUAAAAGGAACACUAAUGUGAUCGUCGCCCAUAUCAGGAUUAAUAGCUGAAGCCAUCAUGCAAAGAUUAGAAUUAAUAGCUCUACCCAACCUAUAGUUAAACCGAAAUUCUGAGUAGGUUACGUUGAUGAUACAUUCGUAUUAAACAAAAGAAAUGGGAUUUAGAAUAUACCCACAAAUUAAUAAGCAACAUAUUUGAAGACAAUAAAUUCACCACAUGAGAAGAAAAAUUCGACAAUAAAAUCCCAUUUUUAGAUGUCCUAAUUAGGAGAACCAACACAAGAAAUUCAG